UAUAAAGCCAGCCGGUCCCGGUGCCUUGGACGAAAUCUUAUGCCAAGCUCAUCAGCAAGACUUGGUUACAGCCAAACACAGAAAGCGCCCAACAAACCAGACACACAUCUUCUCAGUCACGCCACGCCCUCCUCCUCAUCACCGCCAUGCGUCUCUCCACCUUCUUCGCCGCGACCUUGCCCGCGCUCGCCGCGGCCGACUUUUACGUCACGGACUGGGUCUGCCAGCUCGGCUUGGACUCGGACUACGACUCCGGCGUGACCAACAACUUCUUCCAGAUGGACACCGAGGGCGCCUGCAAGACUCGCUGGCAGGUCAACCCGGACGGCAACGACUGGCACGGUGCCAACCCUUGCAACGCCGACCAAGAGGACCCCCUGACGCUCCGCAACACGGGCGAUGGGGCCUGGGACCUCAUUGUCGACAACACGGGCAUCCAGGUCGGCACCUGCGGCUGGUCCAACAGUGACGACAUUAAGGGCGCAUGCACCAGCAUCAACUAUGGCUGCGUCGUCAACUCCAGGAUCAAGUGCAGCACUGCGUACUGCGUGGGUUGAUCAACGAUGGGCGGACGACAUGGAUGGGACCGCGUUCGGUCGGUCCAUACGUAUGUGCGAGACCGUGGCACUGGUGGAGCCUCGGCGGGUAGUUUGAAGUUUGCUU